CUUUAAUAGCCUUUUAGUUGACCUAGAAAAAUAUCAGUCAGAUGGUAUAAAUAAAAAUCCAUUUUCUGAAGCUUCGGCCUAGCGGCAGCCCUGUGUUCAGGUUGAGGAGAGUCACCAUGGGAAGAAGACCGGCAAGGUGUUACCGUCAGAUCAAGGGCAAGCCAUACCCUAAAUCCCGCUACUGCCGCGGUGUCCCCGAUCCCAAAAUCAGGAUCUACGAUGUCGGCAUGAAGAGGAAAGGCGUCGACGAGUUCCCUUUCUGCGUCCACCUGGUCUCGUGGGAGAAGGAGAACGUCUCCAGCGAAGCCCUCGAGGCCGCGCGUAUCGCUUGCAACAAGUACAUGGUGAAGUCGGCCGGGAAAGACGCUUUCCACCUGAGGAUUAGGGUUCACCCGUUCCAUGUCCUGAGGAUCAACAAGAUGCUUUCGUGCGCUGGAGCUGAUAGGCUUCAGACUGGUAUGAGGGGAGCUUUCGGGAAGGCCUUGGGGACUUGUGCUAGGGUUGCGAUUGGGCAGGUGCUUUUGUCUGUGAGGUGUAAGGAUGCUCAUGGUCAUCAUGCUCAGGAGGCUCUCAGGAGGGCUAAGUUUAAGUUCCCUGGUCGUCAAAAGAUUAUUGUCAGCAGGAAAUGGGGUUUCACGAAGUUUAACAGAGCAGACUUCACUAAGUUGAGGCAAGAGAAGCGUGUUGUUCCUGAUGGUGUUAAUGCUAAGUUCCUGUCAUGCCAUGGGCCUUUGGCUAACCGUCAGCCGGGAAGUGCAUUUUUGCCAGCCACCUAUUGAAGUUUCAGAGCUCUUGUCUACUCUCUUUUCCUCCUGUGAAAGAUUAUUAGUCAGUCUGAAACUUGUCUUUGAAAGUACUUGUCUUAAAAGUUUUUAGUUGGACCUCAUUCAGUAUCCCGAACCUUUUUGAUAUGAUAUUGUUCUUUUCUA